AUGUCUGAAUACGCAAACAAGAAGACUCGUGGUGCUUUCAUCGCGGCCGUGUUCGCAAUGCAAGGUGUUGGUAUCUUGGCCGGAGGGUUCGUGGCACUUGCCGUAUCUUCCAUUUUCGACAAGAAGUUCCCAGCUCCGAUCUAUUCAGUCAACAGGGCUCUCUCAACGCCUCCNCAAGCUGAUUACAUUUGGAGAAUCAUCGUCAUGUUUGGUGCNCUACCCGCAGCCUUGACUUACUACUGGCGUAUGAANAUGCCAGAAACCGCUCGUUACACCGCUUUGGUGGCNAAGAACAUCAAACANGCCACACAAGACAUGUCCAAGGUCUUACAAGUGGAGCUUGAGAUGGAGGAAAGAGCAGAGGAUAUUGUUCAAGACCCGAGACUUAACUAUGGCUUAUUCUCCAAGGAAUUCCUCAGACGCCACGGUCUUCCCCUCCUCGGAUGUACCUCUACGUGGUUCUUGCUUGACAUUGCCUUCUACAGCCAGAACUUGUUCCAAAAGGAUAUCUUUUCGGCUAUCGGAUGGAUCCCAAAGGCAGCAACCAUGAACGGAAUCCAUGAGGUUUUCAUGAUCGCUAGGGCACAAACCCUCAUCGCACUGUGCAGUACCGUCCCAGGUUACUGGUUCACAGUCGCAUUUAUUGAAAUCAUGGGAAGGUUCUGGAUCCAGCUAAUGGGAUUCUUCAUGAUGACUGUUUUUAUGUUCGCCAUUGCCUUCCCUUACAACCACUGGAUCAAACCGGACAACCGUAUCGGAUUCGUGGUCAUGUACUCGCUCACUUUCUUCUUUGCCAACUUUGGACCCAACGCAACCACGUUUAUUGUCCCCGCGGAGAUCUUCCCGGCCAGGCUAAGGUCUACAUGCCACGGAAUAUCAGCCGCGACAGGUAAGGCUGGAGCCAUCGUGGGAGCAUUUGGUUUCUUAUAUGCGGCUCAGCCACAAGACAAGACCAAGACAGACGCAGGUUACCCACCAGGCAUUGGAGUCAAGAACUCAUUGAUCAUGCUUGGUGUCAUUAACUUCAUCGGUAUGCUCUUCACCUUCCUCGUCCCUGAGCCCAAGGGCAAGUCCCUUGAAGAGCUCUCUGGCGAGACUGAGGUUGAGAAAUGA